CAAGUUACUUUUUUUCAGUUAUAAGUUUCAUUCAUUAACUGUAACUGUCCAAUUUACUUUUAUCUUUCGUCUUGGUGAAAUAGUCGCCGAAAAGGUCGCGGUGAAAUAGUCCGUUUGUCGAUUCGUAUCGAUCAAUUUCAUCUUAAUCACGUUUAGUAAACACUUUGAUAAUCAGCGAUUCUCGCCGAUUAUAUUUAUUGGUCAAUAGACUUUUUUAUUCUCAUAUAAAAUCUUAAUUGUGGUCAAUUGUGAUUAACAUCAACAUCUCUUGUUUUUAAUCAAUUUAGUGCCUUUAAUCUUAAUCCUUGUUUUUUUUGUGUGCACAACCAAUUGGAUCACCUUACGAAAAUCAUUGUGAACAUCCAAUCAACUGGACAAUUUAACCAACAUUUUAUGUGAUUAAUUGUUUUCAACAUAACAACGAUAACCAUGAUUAAAGUACAAUUUUUUUUCAUCAUUUCCUUGAUUCUGUUGGCUUAUUUGGCACCAUUAUCAUCAGCUGAUGAUGAUGAUUCUAGUUCUUCAUCAACACCCACACCUAAAUCCUCAUCGACACCAGUUUCCACCAAACGAACACCUAAAACAUCAAAACCAUCAACCAGUCCAGUUUCACUGGCAACUCAUCCACCUUGGCCAACACGAUCAACGGAACCAACAAACUAUGGCUCAGUGUCCAGGGCUACCCACCCACCUUGGCCCACUCGAGGGUCGACCUCAUAUGAUCCAUAUGCUGAUUUUUACUCUUCCCGAGCGACUCAUGCCCCUUACCCACCGAUACAACGAGCAACUCAUGCACCAUAUCCACCAUUGAAAAAAGGCUCUUCCGGAGAUUCAGCGUCGUCUUCAUCUUCAUCCACCUCGAGCUCAUCAUCGUCGCUCGCAAGUACCAUCGUUAAGAAGCAACUUCUCAAGAUUGACGCUGAUUCGCUUCGUAAUUGGCUGAAAGAAGCCUUUGCCUACAUCGCUGCUCCACUUUUUAUGCCCUCCGCCAUAACGAAAGCAAUCAAAGCUCCACCCGGACUUUCAUCUCCAGGUCGCUCUAUUUGGUCCAAAAUGAUUGCCAGCUUUAAAUCAGUCAUUCUUAAGAAAAAUGACUCUGAAGACGGAACAGGAAACAGUGGAUCAACUGAAGACAGAGCAGACCAGGUUAAAGAAAAUGUCGCAACCUUUUACCGAAAAUUGGCAGAAAAAAUGACUUCCUCUUCAUGGUCAACUCUUUUGUCCAGUAAAAAGGCUCACAAACGCAAUGUAAGGUCAGUUGGUCGUCGAACCUUUAGAACAAUUUAGAAUCCAAAAUUUUGGUACCUUUACCAAAAUUCCAUCUCACCUUAGUCUUCACCUUCAUCUUCAUCUUGAGCUGGUCUCUCAUCUCGGGGUAAAUCUUCAUCUUCCUCUUUCUCGAUUACUUUCUCCUCUUUCUUUUAUCAUCAUCUCUCUCUCUCUCACAUUUUACCACCUUUGCUUCUGCUCUUCCCUGUCUAACGGGUCGUCGGGAAAAGUGGCCUACUUUGUGGCCUCACCAAUCGCUUUGUAAUAUGUACCUAUUUAUAUGAAGAAAAAGAAAGCAGAAAAUGAAAUCAUGAUCAUAUAACUUAUUAUUAUAAUUAACAAUUAAUAUAAAAAAAAAGCAAAUAAAAUGAAAAUGUUAAUUA